AUGGCUGGCAUUAUGUCGUGGCACUAUGGCAGAGCCAUCGCCCUCUUUGUCUCUCUGGCCCCUGUGGCUCUAUCUCUAAACACCUUCCCGGACUGCACCAGCGGUCCCUUGAGCAAGCUCGCCGUCUGUGACACAUCCCUCGAUGUGACCACUCGUGCUCGGUCACUGGUGAACGCCAUGACCUUCGAGGAGAAAGUCAACAACACGCAAUACAACUCUCCUGGUGUGCCGCGACUAGGUCUACCCGCAUACAACUGGUGGAGCGAAGCAUUACAUGGCGUAGCAGGAUCACCUGGCGUCGAGUUCGCCGACAGCGGCCCAUUCAGCUACGCCACCUCGUUCCCCAGCCUAUUCUCCUGGCAAGUGGCCACCGUAGUGAGCACCGAGGGCCGAGCAUUCGGUAACGCUGGUCGCGCCGGACUGGACUUCUGGACGCCGAAUAUCAACCCGUUUCGCGAUGCGCGCUGGGGCCGGGGACAAGAGACACCUGGUGAAGACCCGCUGCACGUCUCGCGAUAUGUCUAUCAUCUGGUUGAUGGACUGCAGAAUGGCAUUGGCCCGGCGAAGCCCAAGGUUGUUGCCACAUGCAAGCAUUUUGCAGCGUAUGACCUGGAGGACUGGAAUGGCGUCGUGCGCCACUCCUUCAACGCGAAGGUGUCGACGCAGGAUCUGUCCGAGUUCUAUCUCCCUCCUUUCAGAAGCUGUGCCCGUGAUGCCCGGGUCGACGCAGUCAUGUGCAGCUACAAUGCGUUGAACGGUGUGCCUGCCUGUGCCGACUCCUAUCUGCUGCAGACAAUUCUCCGGGAGCACUGGAAGUGGGAUGAGCCCGGCCAUUGGAUCACGAGCGAUUGCGCCGAGGCCGCUGCUACGGCGCUGAACGCAGGCACGGAUUUGGAUUGCGGCACGGUGUUCCCUAAAUACCUUGGACAGGCUGCAGACGAGGGUCUCUAUACCAACCAGACACUUGAUACAGCCCUCGUUCGGCUGUACUCCUCCCUCGUAAAACUGGGGUACUUUGAUCCCGCAGAGAGUCAACCAUAUCGCUCCAUCGGGUGGAAGGAUGUCGACGCCCCUGCCGCAGAAGCACUCGCCCACAAGGCGGCUGUCGAAGGCAUCGUUCUACUGAAGAACGACAAGACCCUUCCGCUCAAGGCCAAGGGCACCCUGGCCCUGAUCGGACCAUAUGCCAACGCAACAAAGCAAAUGCAGGGCAACUACGAAGGCCCGCCCAAGUAUAUCCGCACGCUUCUCUGGGCCGCUACCCAGCUGGGCUACGAUGUGAAAUACGCCUCCGGCACAGCUAUCAACUCAAACAGCACCGCUGGAUUUGACGCAGCGCUAUCAGCAGCUAAACAAGCAGAUGUUGUGGUAUACGCCGGCGGCAUCGACAAUAGCAUCGAAGCCGAAGGGCGCGAUCGCACCACCAUUGUCUGGCCCGGGAACCAGCUAGACUUGAUCAACCAGCUCUCAAAGAUCGGCAAGCCCCUCGUCGUAGUCCAGUUCGGAGGCGGACAAGUCGACGACUCCUCUCUACUCUCAAAUCCACACGUCAACGCUCUGCUCUGGACCGGGUAUCCCAGCCAGGAAGGCGGAUCCGCCAUCUUCGACAUCCUCACCGGGAAGACUGCGCCUGCAGGCCGCCUGCCAGUAACACAAUAUCCAGCAGACUAUGUCAACCAGGUUCCAUUGACCGAUAUGGCCCUGCGUCCGGGGUCAAACACUCCAGGACGUACUUACCGGUGGUACGAUAAGGCGGUCCUGCCCUUUGGCUUUGGUCUGCACUAUACAGCUUUCAAGAUCACUUGGCCGCGCAGAGCCCUGGGACCGUAUAACACUGCAGCGCUGGUGAGCCGGUCACCCAAGAACGUACCAAUUGAUAGGGCUGCGUUCGACACCUUCCGCAUCCAAGUGACCAAUACUGGGAAGACCACGUCGGAUUACGUGGCGUUGCUGUUCUUGAAGACUACUAAUGCUGGGCCAAAGCCAUAUCCUCUCAAGACGCUGGUCGGCUAUACUCGUGCGAAGCAGAUCAAGCCUGGCGAGAAGAGGUGGGUGGACAUCGAAGUCUCUUUAGGUUCGCUGGCCCGUACGGCGGAGAAUGGUGACUUGGUGCUGUACCCGGGACGGUACACUCUGGAGGUGGAUGUGGGAGAAAACCAAUACCCCACUGCUAGUUUCACGGUGCAAGGUAAAGAGAUGGUUCUGGACAGCUUCCCCCAGCCUCCGGAAACUCGGUGA